GGUAGGGGAGGCGAGCGCAGCAACUGGCACCGGCUCGACCCUCGGUUCAAAGCAGCGGCGCCCGGUGCUUUCGCUGGCUGCGAGCUGAGGAUUGUCCGCUUCCUCGUGGUUCCUGCGCGGGUUCCGAAUCCAGGGCGCGGCGGGGGCCAGUGGCCCCUCCCCUCCGAGGAUAGAAGAUGAGCUUCCUCUUCAGCAGCCGCUCUUCUAAAACAUUCAAACCAAAGAAGAAUAUUCCCGAGGGCUCUCAUCAGUAUGAACUCUUAAAACAUGCAGAAGCAACUCUAGGAAGCGGGAAUCUGAGACAAGCUGUUAUGUUGCCAGAGGGAGAAGACCUCAAUGAAUGGAUUGCUGUCAACACUGUGGAUUUCUUCAACCAGAUCAACAUGCUGUAUGGAACUAUUACAGAAUUCUGCACUGAAGCAAGCUGUCCAGUCAUGUCUGCAGGUCCCAGAUAUGAAUAUCACUGGGCAGAUGGUACUAAUAUUAAAAAGCCCAUCAAAUGUUCUGCACCAAAAUACAUUGACUAUUUGAUGACUUGGGUUCAGGAUCAGCUUGAUGAUGAAACUCUUUUUCCUUCUAAGAUUGGUGUCCCAUUUCCCAAAAACUUUAUGUCUGUGGCAAAGACCAUUCUGAAGCGUCUGUUCCGGGUUUAUGCCCACAUUUAUCACCAGCACUUUGACUCUGUGAUGCAGCUGCAGGAAGAGGCCCACCUCAACACCUCCUUUAAGCACUUUAUCUUCUUUGUUCAGGAGUUUAAUCUGAUUGAUAGGCGUGAGUUGGCACCUCUUCAGGAAUUAAUUGAGAAGCUUGGAUCGAAAGACAGAUAAAAUGUUUCUUCUAGGACACAGUUACCCUCUUGCUUCAUUUGCUAGAGCUAUCUCAUUGCUAUCUGUUAUAGACUAGUGAUACAGACUUUUAAGAAAACAGGAUAAAAAGACCCAUGUGUUCGUGUCUACUGACAAAAUUGUCCCACAGGUAGAUUGGCCCAAUCCUUCAGUGAGAAAUUCAAGAGGCAGCUGACUCUGAGGCACUGUUUGACCACUCCUAUUACUGUCAGAGUUGGACUUGCUUGUAAUAUGUGAUGAUAACAUGUAGUCUAUUCAUUUUCUUUUCUUUUAUGAGUGCUUCAGGUUAUAGCAUAAUAGCAACUGGGAAUUUCCACCAGUACUUUAUUAACAAGUUUCCGGAACAAAUUACCUAAUAACACAAUCAGAUUCAUUUUAUCCUGUUUUUAUUUACAAAUAGAAGAGGUAUUUUUAAGUUUCCUUAAGAUUUAGAACAUUUGUGUGUUAUUUUGGGUAACCUUUUAGUUUGAAGUCAGUAUGCUGGUGUUUUUAUAGGUAAGACUAUAUAUUAUAUGUUUAUUUUUUCAGAAUCCAUGAUUGCAGUUUAAAUCCUCAUAUGACUAUGUAGUAUGGGAGUAACCAGAGUUAUUUCUAAAAUGAUGUUAUUUUUAAUCUUUAUUUGGGAUUUUAUUCACAUAAACCUAUCUAAAGUUUUAGGAGUUUGUAUAUCAGAAAUAAUUUUCUUAAGGCAUGUAAGGAUAGUCUUGUACAUUUUUAUUUUGAAAUGCUUCAUUCAGAUUAAUUUUAAUAGGUAGCUUUUGGCUAAGAAAGAAAACUCCAAAAAAUUAUGACCAGUUCAGGUCUCAGAACCACUAUUUUCACUCAUGUUGUUUUUUUCAGAGCCCCUGAGAUCCUGGAGAGGAGAGUGGAAGUACUCAGAGUACUUGGUUAUUUUCUUUUGAGUGUCCUUUAAAACAAAAACAAGAAUUACUGCUAUUUGUUUUUGUUGUGACUUGAGACUUCGUUAAGAGUAGUGUAGAAAUGUCCAGCCUUUCUCCCAACAAGGAUAAAACUUAAGGAAGCCCAUAAUAAAAAACCUUGGUGGUGUACACAUUUUAUAACACAGCUUAAAGUUUGGUGUGCUACCUAGUGUGUGUGUGUGUGUGUGUGUGUGUGUGUGUGUGU